CCCAGAAGUGAUGAAGACGUUUUCUUCUCUCCUGGCCGUGAUGAUGAAGAUACUUUUAAUAACUUUUCUCCUGUUUCCUGAAACUAUCCUGGGAGAGUAUGGUGUGGUGUGUCCGACUCUGGUCGAGGCAGUAGAAGGUGAUGCUGUUACUCUGGGGGGUUCUCUGAGUCCUCCGCUCAACUUGACUCCUUACACGUUAGAUCUGAAGAGACUUGACCUCCAUGACGAUCUGGUCCACGUCUACCGACAUGGACAGGACCAUUUCCCUCCACAGAGUCCUCACUACAGAGGCAGAACAACUCUGAUCCAUGAAGACCUGAUCGGAGGAACCGUGACGCUGCACAUCUCCUCAGUAAAUCUGUCUGACUCUGGACCGUAUGAAGUCUACAUCCCAGACCUGAAAGCCCGCUGUGAAUUUUACCUCACUGUUGAAAGAAAAGCAAACAGGACAAAGAGAAAUGAUUUCAGCACAUCUGGACCUCCAGUGGGAGAAGAGAGCGAGUCAGAGCAUCGGGAUGGUGAGAACAGGAAGACUGCCCGUGCUGUUAUCCUUCCCUCUCUUCUCCUCCUCGGGACUCUCCUGGUUCUGGUUCUGAUGAGAGGAAAGAUCAAGAGUUGCAUCGAGAGGCUCAGAGGAAGGAAGGAGCAAGAACCAGAGAGAGCAGGGAAUGGAUGUGAGAUGAAAAACCUGAACAUGGAAGCAGCAAAAGGAGAUGAAGACCUGGAGAGAGCUGCAGGAAAUGGAAACGUCUUACUGUAGGAAACCUCUCUGAGAGCUUUCAU